AUGAGGGCCAAACGUUCAAAGAAGUAUCGCAAGCUGAUGCACCAGUAUGAGCUUACUUUUGGUUUCCGAGAGGCCUACCAGGUCCUAGUCGACUCGAAUUUCCUUCGAGCCACCGAUGCCUUCAAGAUGGACCUGAUUCCCGCCCUCGAGCGCACAGUUCAAGGCAAAGUCAAGCCUCGUGAGUCCCUCCGAAAUCCAAGCAACCCAUCCGCUCCGCCAAAGCGCAUCCCAACUAACAAAUCUCUCGCAGUAUUGACAAAGUGCUCACUGGCAGCUAUCAUGGCUGCACAACCCAUCAACCCCAAAACCGAAAAGCCAUACCGACCCCUCUUCCUUCCACCUCCUACAGAACUCCCGCUCCGCCAUUGUUCGCACAACGCAGACUCCACGCCCAUCGACGAGAUCGAGUGUCUCAUCUCGCUGCUUUCACCCAACGAAUCAAAGAAGAAUAAGGAGCACUACAUUCUCGCGAGCGCGGAUCCAAUUCUGCGGAAGACUAGCAACAAUGACAACCAGCCGCGCAGACGGAAGACCGAGGAAGACCGCAAAGAGGAGGAGGCUAUGCGCCGGUCCCGGGCAUUGCGGUCCGCUGCCCGCUCCAUCCCCGGUGUGCCUAUCAUCUACGUCAAGCGUUCAGUGAUGGUUCUCGAGCCGUUGAGCAGUGCGUCUGAGAUGGUGCGGGAUGGUCAUGAGCGCGGCAAGUUCCGCGCUGGAUUGGAUGUGGAUCCUAUGCUCGGCAAGCGCAAGAGGGAUGGCGAUGGUGAUGAAGAUGUUUCUGGUGCAGAGGAACCUAAGAAGAAGCGUGGUCCUAAGGUUAAGGGACCUAAUCCUCUUAGUGUGAAGAAGCCGAAGAAGAAGACUGAUGCGGCUCCGCCGAAGAAGGCGAAGCCUGCUCCGAAGGAGGGUGAUGUUGAUGCUGCUGAACAGCAUGAUGAUGAGUCUGCCGCGGUCAAACCUAAACGGAAACGCCGUCACAAUAAAGGUCCUCGUGAAGACUUCGAGGAGGCCGCUGAGCCCCAAGAGGCUAUGGAGGUCGAGGCUUGA